AUGAAGGUUAUAUGCGCUGGUAUGAAUAAGACUGUAACUAAAUCAAUCUCCGAAGCUUUACGACAGCUUGGAUUCACGGUCUAUGACUGGGAAGAACAACUGUUCGAUUUUCUGGAUUACUGGGUUGAUGUGUUCCAAAAUGGCGCUAAGCCAGAUGUAAAGGCACUCUACCAGAAUGCAGAUGCGGUGGUGGAUAUACCCGGUAGCCUUUUCUGGGAGGAAAUAUUGGAAACAUUUCCUGACUGUAAAGUGAUUUUGAGCGAACGAGAUGAAGAUUCUUGGAUACAAAGUUGGGUAAACCACCUUGAAAUGAUCCACGCUACUCGCGUGGAAAUCAGGAAAUCAUUUAUAGCGUACAAACUAUCGCAAAGUGUUAGAAAGUUGGGGUACAUUGUCGACUCUUGCAUUAAUGGUUUACUUGGUUCUACGAACCCCAAAUCCACCUGUGUUUUCAGAAAGCGAUAUCGUAUGCACAAUCACCGUGUAAAGUCCAUUGUACCACCCGCGAGGCUACUAAUGUAA